AUGCCACCCUGCUCACGAUGCGAACAAUCGAAUGUCAAAUGCUACUAUGUAGCUUCGAAACGGGGCCUGCGCCAAAAGGCUACCACCGCAACCCAGGACACAAGGAAUCCUGCCACGGAGUCUUUUGACUCCGAAGUUUCUUAUACCUCUCCGUUCUAUACACAGACACUUACACCGACAUUUAGCCCAGAUAUUAGUGUCAAUUUUAAUAAUGCAAUGUUCCCGGAUACCGAUAAAUUUACGCUCGACUGGUUGAUGCCUGUCUCCCAGGAGCUCGACCAGGCAUUCCCAUCCUCACUCGAUGAUGAGCAAAUGUCUGGAUUAUCAAGCAUCGCUGAAGAUUCCGGAACCAUAGUGACAACCCAGUCUGGCCGCACUGCUCCCAUCAGCCGCAAUAUUGCCUUCGAUCCCAUGAUGAAGCUCUAUUACCAAAAUUUCCAUGCCUCUCAUCCAUUCAUUAUCCCGCAAAAGGCUCUCGGCAACUCCGACCUGGCUCGACUUUUACCGUCUUACUUGCUUUCAAUGAUGCAGUAUGUUGGCUCCCAUUUUCACCCAGAUCCGUCGGCAAAGGAUCGAUAUCGGAAGAAUGCCUAUAUGGGGCUGAAUGAGUCCCCCGAAGCAACAGGAUUCAAAGUACAGGCUAUGCUGCUGGCUGCAAUCGUGGACCAUGCUGAUGGCAAUGAGGAACAAGCUGGGUAUCGCUUAAAGAGCGCUGUGAUCAUGGCUAGUCAAUUGGGCAUGCAGAGCGGUUCAUUUGGAGGGAGCAAUUCCUAUGGAAAUGUCAUCUUCGAAGAGAGCUGGCGUCGGACGUUUUGGGAAUUAUUUAUUGUGGUACAUCUUUUCAAGACGUUUUCUGGUCAACACAAUUGUGACGAUAUUCAAUUAAGCGGAUAUCAAGACGAAGACCUCUUGAAGAUGGAGCUGCCUUGUGAUGAAGCCACCUAUUUUGCAGCUGGUACAAUUCCCAAAAGCAAAACCCUACUACAACUUCAAAAUUCGUGGCGCAUUCUGGAUAACCAUACCGAAGAAACAUUUUCAUCAUUCGCGUACCGCAUCGAAGCCACCCGAUUAUGGGGGAUGGUGCAAUCGGCGAAUUCGAGGAAUACCGCCUUUAUGCAUGUUGACGAAAUCGAACUCGAAACCUUGGAUAUACGCUUCGCUACGUUUAUGAUACGAUUGAUGAAGAUGGAUCAAUGCUCCUCUUCCUCAAGCUUCAAUGACCUUGGUUAUCAGAUGAGAAGCCAGGCACAAAUGUUCACCCUCUUAGCAAUAAUAUACCUUCACCAUCCGCAAUCGAAAAUCGGCCUGAGCCCAUGGAAAAGGGCACCUGUGUGCAUCGCAAGCGGCAGUCCUAGUUUUCCAGAAGGAACGGUGGAUGAAUUGAAUCACCAUAAAAAUUCGGAUCCGCAUUCCCUCAAAGCACUACGGGCAGCCGGCACGUUACUGAAUAUGAUCACCAACAGCGUUCUUAAUACUAGCUCGAUUAGUCCGAUUCAAUGGACCACGCCCUUUAUGAUUUGCGCGGUUACGAUGAGCCUGAUGGUCCAUGUGGUUGAUGCCCAUCACCAUGCUCUCUGUCACACUCCUAAUUUUGAGAGGAAUUGCAAGAAGAAGAGCUUUUCUACCUCCAGAAUCGAACUGGGAAUGAGGACGCUGGAUAUUUUGGGUGAAGUGUGGCCGUUGGCUAGAUCGGUGAAGAGACAGCUUUUAGAUACAUUUCAUGAGGUGCCAAUAUAG